CCGGAACAAGGAGUACGAAAGUCCAAGGUUGAGGCUUAGGUGAAUGAGAUGGGAGAAUGUUUCCGGCGCCUUAACGACAGGAUAGUACGCCCAGACUCUGUCAUUCUCAUACGAACCAGAAUUUGCGAUGUGAAGGCUGAAUCUCGUUGGAGGCAAUUCGGUAUGACUGAGUUCGAGGUGCUGAUUGACUUCUGUAGCGGCGUGGGCCACUGUAGUACACUGAUAGCUACGGUAAACGAUAACUUACGACUAUCGGGUCGAUGGAACACUGCGCUGAGUUGCUAUCUAGCUAGGAGAAGACGAUAUAUACUGGCCCUAGAACGUGCUAGUCCAUAACAGUCUAAGCAAGGGUAAUCGGGUCUCGAACGGACCGAUUGAUACCGCAACAA